AUGUUGGCGGUUGCUUUACUUGCUGCCCAACAAUUUCCAUGUUUUUCGGAUCAAUCUCAGGGGGCUCUGAAAGCGGUUCUGGAAGCCCAUCCUCUGGUCUCGUCCAUUACCAACAUUAGUGCUGCACCCGCAGCCGAGAUUGAAACGUCCACUCACCCCACUGUCACAGUCACCACCGCUGCCGGUCAGUUACUGGAAGCUGGCAAGGCUGAUUGA